AUGAACGUCUUGAGCAAUGGAAAUGAGCAUGAGACUGGGGUCAAAACACUUGAAAAUUCUUUGUCAAACUGUAAUCACUUAUUUCCAAUCAGUCAGCUCUCUUAUUCACUUCAAAAACUCAUUCUAUCAAAGUUGAAAAUUGACGAACGGAAGGAUUUAGCCUUUACAAAUCGCACCUUUCGCAAGCUAAUUGCUUCAUUUGGACCAUUACAGGAAAGGAUUCUGGAGAUACGAUUCAAGGAAAAGAAGAUUCUAUUGCCUAACAGAGAUGAGCUUAUCGAGAUCCCGAUAGACUUUGCCUUGCGAUUCUUUUCGAAUUAUUUAAGAAUCAAGAGGAUUUCUUUGGAUCUCAUUGUUCAAGAGCCGAAUUUGGAAAUACUCCCGAAAGACAUCUACGAGUUAGAGCUGAAUUUCCGAUGCACCGUGCCACUCGUUCGCUUUUUGACGAAAUUCCUGAUCACUCGCCAGAAAAUCCCAAUCACGCUUCACCUUUCCUUCGAAAGAACCAAAGAAACCACUUGUGAUUGUCAUCCCCGAUGCUCGAACAAUCCACAAACUCUACAGAAAAUCUUUCGAACGAAAUUGCCAUUGAGAUUUCGAACAAUUGCCUUUCAAUCCAAACCUGCCAACGAGAUCCCAUUUUCUUUAUCGUUUGGCCAUCCGGAUAUUCGUUUCUUUGAUCCCGAUUCGGAAUACAUUGAAGCACUUUUAGAGCGUCUCUCCAGUGGAAUCGUUGACAACGAGUCGAGAAUUAUCGGGUUUCAUUUUGCAAAUCACAAGCAAUUUGCGGGAAUUGUUCAACAGCUAAAGCGGAUCCCCGCGAUAGUUCUCCAAGAAAACCCACUCAUUCGGGUUCAUCAAAUCGAAAGCGAAGUGUGGACAACGGAAAAUGGAAAAUGUAAACGUCAACGCGUCACGUGUCAGAUCUUUGUUCAUUCCCGAAUGCUCUAUUUCCUGCAAAACUAUGAAAAUUCUCCCGAAGAUUGCCUUGUUUUCCUCUGCGGCGAUGACAUCUUUCGGAGAGGAUUUUGUGAAAAUUUUGUUGAGGAAUUGUUACCGAGAAAACUUGCAAAAGUGUCAAUAAAAGAU